AAUUCUCUACAGGGAGUGAGUGCUCUCAUCCUAGCUAACUGACAGUGAAAAAGGGUUCUUACAGAGGUCCUAUUGGUGGUUACUUUUACAGGACACAUUUAUGGGGCAUAAGUAAGCAGAUUCAACAAGAGCUAAAAACUUGCCGAAACCAUUUGUAGAAAAGAUAGCUUAACAUUAGAAGUCUAGUGUCAUCACUAUCCAAGGACAUGGAGACGCCACCACUGGAUCUGCAAUUUCACUGGAGAUAAGCAUCAUGGGAAGGUUCCUGUUUUGGGUCUCUCUGUAGGACUGAGCCUAUGAGUGAGCCACUAUGGGGGACUGGAACUUGUUGGGCAAGCUGUUGGAGAGUGCCCAGGAGCACUCCACCGUAGUGGGCAAGGUCUGGCUGACCGUGCUCUUCAUCUUCAGGAUCCUGGUGUUGGGAGCUGCAGCUGAGAAGGUGUGGGGUGACGAGCAGUCUGGCUUCACCUGUGACACCAAGCAGCCUGGUUGUCAGAAUGUCUGCUAUGAUAAGACUUUCCCCAUCUCUCACAUCCGCUUCUGGGUGUUGCAGAUCAUCUUCGUGUCCACGCCCACUCUGAUCUACCUGGGCCACAUCCUGCACCUGGUGCGCAUGGAGGAGAAACAGAAGCAGAAGGAGAAAGACUUGGCUGCCAUCCACAAUGACAAGCAGCAGCUGCUGCCCGACACCAAGCCCAAGAAGCCACCAGUCCGGGACGAUCAGGGCCGCAUCCGCCUGCGAGGGGUCCUGCUGCGCACCUAUGUCUUCAACAUCAUCUUCAAGACCCUGUUUGAGGUGGGAUUUAUCGUAGCUCAGUACCUGCUGUAUGGGUUUGAGCUGAAGCCACUGUACACCUGUAACCGCUCACCCUGCCCCAACGUGGUGAACUGCUACAUCUCCAGGCCCACAGAAAAGACAAUCUUCAUUCUCUUCAUGCUGGCAGUGGCGUUCAUCUCGCUGCUACUGAACCUCGUCGAGAUGUAUCACCUGGGGUUCACCAAGUGCCGCCAGGGCCUCCGGUAUAGACGUGCCCAGGCCACAUUUGAGGCAGUAGUGCCCUUUGUCCCGAACUAUAACUACUUCCCCAGGCACCAACCAGCCCCUGAGCCAUACCAUGCAGACGAGUACAUCUUGACUGAGCCUGACACUGCCUACCACCCCUACAGCAGCAAAGUGGCUUACAAGCAGAACAGAGAUAACCUGGCCGUAGAGAGGAACAGUAAACCAGAAGGGGGUGACACCACAGAAAAUAAAGGUUCCAGUUCUGCUCCAGGGUCGCCUGCAGAGAACCAACGGCGUCCGAGUCGAUCCAGCAAGCACAGCAAUAAUAAGACCAGACUAGACGAUCUAAAGAUCUGAAGGACAGUUAUGGCUUAUUUCCACCACAGGGUUUUAUACAGUGGCUUGGCCUACAGAUCUAAACUUUUGUGUUUCCACCUGAGGUGGCGGAAAAAAAUAGUUGGGCCUUGGACCUAAUCUGACUUGGGACCAGAGUGGGACUGUCGGAGAUGCAUUAAAGCUGGAAUUCUUAAUGGUGAAACUGCCACGGCUGUUUGCAAUAUUACAACAAAGAAGUUACUGCAAACAAAAAAGUUUUUUCCCCUUCUGACAUCAUUGC